UAGGCACUUUUCAUUCGACUGAUAUCAAAAACACCCUAAUGAUCACACUGUAGAGGAUUGUGAACUAACCGUUGAAAAAUGGAAAGAAUUGAUUUACAGAGAAGUCAUAGCGUAUAAUCCAAGUGCAUGAGCAAAGCUUCAGUACAUUUACGCUAAAACAAUGACAGAGUUUUAAAAUUCGCACAAACAUUCGUGUAUCAAAAAACAAAAGCGUGGAAAAUAUAUUGUUCAUAUUAACGCUCUUAAUUAUAUCAAAAAACCCACAGUGGAUAUAGUAUAAGUUUAUAUUUAAAAAAAAGUCGUAUUUUUCGAAAAGAUUAAAAAAAGAUAACAAAAACACCAAAUUCCAAUCACAAACAGCAAUCAUGUUUAAUCACAGUUGAAAACAUUUUUGACAACAUAUCGACGUGAUGCAUAAACAAACACAAUGAUAUGCACAGUGAUUUUACGACACAUACACAUCGCACGCCACAUACAUACUUGCGAUUUGAUAACUGAUCGUGAUUCUCUUUCUGUCACCUUCGUCGAUCGCUCUGCAUUGUGUGUGUGUGUGUGUAUGAGUGAACUUCACAAAGACUUUCUCUUUAGCGGCAAAUAAUAUCAAACAUUAUAGUGGCCGUAGUGUCAUAAAUGAACGCACACACGAGUAGUAACAAUUUGUAUGUGGGCAAACAGUGUAUAUUAAUCAGUGGAAUGCUAUACAUCGGUGAUUGUUUAUUAAUCAAAACAAAUUGUAUUUCCUAUCAGUACAGAAAUGUGUUUAAAAAAAGAAAUACACUCCGACUAAUGUGAUAUAAAUGAAAUUUGAUAGAGUCAUAGUGUUGUCCAUAUCGUGUGUUCUGUAUCGAAAAGUGUUUUAGUUACAAUGCCAAAUUAAUCAGGGAAUUAUAAUCACAAAGAGAUAUAUUGAUAAUUUGUUUAUAAAAAUAGAAUUUUCCUGGAAACAAUAAAUCAAGUACAUUUAUACGAGAGAGAAAAAUUAAGUGAAAUAAAGUUGUAAAAGGUUGGAGUAAACGUGUUGAAAGAGUUCGUAAAACAAGUGUUAGUUUCGUCAAGUUAUUUGUCAAAUUGUAAAGAAUUUUUAAUAAAAGUGUGCCUUAAAACGAUACCAUGAAUUGACCUCAUUAAAAACCUGAUUUUUUUCUACAAUCUAAUUUGGUGGUGAAAAGAACGGCGAAAGAGCGACACGUACAUUUGUUAUUUUAUUCAUAUUUAUUUUGAUCGUUCUUCAAAGGAAAAAGAGCUUGUUCUUUUUUUCUCUAUCAUUUUGUCUUAACUUAUCGCUAGUCGUUCGCAAAAAGAAGAAGAAAAAAAUGAGAGUGUAAUAAUUCAACCGGAAUUUUGACAAGAAGAAUUUAAUGUAUUGAGUCAUACAUUCCUUUAGUUGCUUUUUUCCUCCAAUUUCUCUAUUUGUACAAUGUAUUCGCAAGAAGACUUUUAUUCUGUUGACAUUGGUGAUACAAAAUUCACGGUACUCAAGCGAUACAAGAAUCUGAGGCCGAUUGGUGCUGGCACCCAGGGUAUCGUUUGUGCUGCAUAUGAUGAUGUGACAGGAAAGGAUGUGGCAAUCAAAAAACUAUGGAAGCCGUUUCAAAAUAUCGUAUUUGCCAAACGUGCUUAUCGAGAGUUUAAGCUGAUGAAAUUGGUCGAUCACGUGAAUAUUAUUAAACUUCUAAAUGCGUUCACGCCACAACGAUCUCUGGACGAGUUUCAAGACGUAUUUCUUGUGAUGGAUUUUAUGGAUGCAAAUCUAGGCAAUGUCAUAAAUACUCAAUUGGACCAUAAGCGAAUAUCGUAUUUACUCUACCAAAUGCUUUGUGGCAUCAAACAUUUGCACUCAGCUGGUAUCAUACACAGAGACUUGAAGCCAUCUAAUAUUGUAGUCAAAGCGGAUUGUUCACUAAAAAUAUUAGAUUUCGGACUGGCUCGGGCAGCUGGUUCAACAGCAAUGAUGACCCAAUACGUGGUUACUCGAUAUUAUCGGGCGCCUGAAGUGGUCUUGGGCAUGGGAUAUACUGAAAAGGUGGAUAUUUGGUCAAUUGGAUGUAUUAUGGCUGAAAUGAUAUCGAAGGAGAUUCUAUUUCCCGGUACAGAUCAUAUUGAUCAAUGGAACAAAAUUAUUGAAAUCUUGGGAACACCACCUGCAUCAUUUUUGAGCAAACUUGAACCGAGUGUGCGGUACUAUGUUGAGAGUGGUCCACGAUGUACUGGUAUAGACUUUAAUACAUUAUUCCCUGACGAAAUAUUCCCGGAUGACUCGACAGAACAUGGCUGCUUGACUGCGACUGAAGCGAGGGAUUUACUUAGUCGCAUGCUGGUAGUUGAUCCCGAUCAGAGGAUUUCUGUCGAUCAAGCACUCGAUCACACCUAUAUAAAUGCCUGGUACAAUGAAUGCGAAGUGAAUGCACCGGCACUCAAUUCUUACGAUCACAGUGUGGAAGAGCAUGAGCAUACUGUUGAGCAAUGGAAGAAUCUGAUGUACGAAGAAGUCAAAGAAUAUGAAGCACAAAAUUAUGAAAUGGUCGAGCUAUGAGGCAACAAUUUCCCAAUGGAAUAGAUACUAAGCAAUUGAUGAGCUGAUAUACCGCAAAUAAUACCAAUGUAUAGAUUGUUUGACAUAAUAAAAUUGAACGAAUAUACAUUAAGAA